UGCAGACUAUGCAGUGAAAUCUUUAUUCUGCACCUGUGAACUUCAGACAUUUGCACAUUCACUUUGAAAUAUCUGAUGAGUUUUUUUGUCUUCUUUAUGGAAAUAACUUUGGAACAGACCUCAUUUUUAUUUCUGACUAUUGGAGUACAGUUUAAAGAAUGGAUACAUAUAUUUCAGGAUGAUUUUGCUUGUAGGUUUCCAGAAGACCUUAAACAUCCUUUUAUUAAAGUUGAUAUUUUAUGCAUGAAAUCAGUGGCAAAAAAUAUUUUUCUUUCUUUGUCUGAAGCUGCGCAGAGUGAGGAGCGGCUGUGUGCAUUUAAGGACCCCUAUCAGCAGGACCAUGGGAUCAGUGAGAGCCGAAUCUCCCAGGAGAAUGGCACGAUUUUGUGCAUGAAAGGUAGUACCUGCUAUGGACUUUGGGAAAAAACACGAGAAGGAGACAUACAUCUUGUGAAACAAGGUUGCUGGUCUCAUAUAGGAGACCCACAAGAGUGUCAUUUUGAGGAGUGUAUCGUUACAACCACCCCUUCCUUGAUUCAGAAUGGAACCUAUCGCUUCUGCUGCUGUAGUACGGACUUGUGUAAUGUCAACUUCACAGAAAAUUUUCCACCUCCUGACCCUACUGAUACAACGCCUUACAAUUCUUCUCAUUCUUUUCAUCGAGAUGAGACCAUAGUUAUUGCCCUUGCAUCUGUGUCUGUACUGGCUGUUUUGAUUGCUGCUCUGUUCUUUGGAUACAGGAUGCUUGCAGGAGACCGUAAACAAGGUUUGCACAGUAUGAACAUGAUGGAGGCAGCAGCAUCAGAGCCCUCACUGGAUCUGGAUAAUCUAAAGUUGUUGGAGUUGAUUGGCCGGGGACGAUACGGAGCAGUGUAUAAAGGCUCCCUUGAUGAACGUCCAGUUGCUGUGAAAGUAUUUUCUUUUGCAAAUCGUCAGAACUUUGACAACGAGAGGAACAUUUACAGGAUUCCACUGAUGGAACAUGACAACAUUGCCCGCUUCAUUGUGGGGGAUGAAAGAUUCACUGCAGAUGGCCGUAUGGAAUAUUUGUUGGUGAUGGAAUAUUACCCCAAUGGUUCUUUGUGCAAAUAUUUGAGUCUCCACACAAGUGACUGGGUGAGCUCCUGUCGUUUGGCACACUCUGUAACUAGGGGCUUGGCGUACCUGCACACGGAGCUACCUCGAGGAGAUCAUUACAAACCUGCAAUAUCCCAUCGUGACUUGAACAGCCGCAAUGUACUGGUAAAGAAUGAUGGAACAUGUGUCAUCAGCGAUUUUGGACUCUCCAUGAAGUUAACUGGAAACAGACUGGUACGCCCAGGUGAGGAGGAUAAUGCAGCCAUUAGUGAGGUCGGAACAAUCCGUUAUAUGGCCCCAGAAGUGCUUGAAGGAGCAGUGAACUUGAGGGACUGUGAAUCUGCUUUGAAACAAGUAGAUAUGUAUGCGCUAGGCCUUAUCUACUGGGAGAUAUUUAUGAGAUGUACAGACCUCUUCCCAGGGGAAUCUGUGCCAGAGUACCAGAUGGCUUUCCAGACAGAAGUCGGAAACCAUCCCACUUUUGAAGAUAUGCAAGUCUUGGUUUCUAGAGAGAAGCAAAGACCAAAAUUCCCAGAAGCAUGGAAGGAGAACAGCCUGGCUGUGAGGUCACUUAAAGAAACAAUUGAAGACUGUUGGGAUCAAGAUGCUGAAGCUCGACUGACAGCACAGUGUGCUGAGGAGAGGAUGGCAGAACUUAUGAUGAUUUGGGAGAGAAAUAAAUCAGUUAGUCCAACGGUCAACCCUAUGUCAACUGCCAUGCAAAACGAGCGGAAUCUGUCGCAUCAUAGGCGUGUAUCAAAGAUAAGGCCAUAUCCAGAUUACUCUUCCUACAUUGAAGAUUCAAUCCACCACACUGACAGCAUAGUGAAGAACAUUUCUUCUGAACAUUCAAUGUCCACCACACCAUUGACUUCAGGGGAAAAGAACAGAAACUCCAUUAACUAUGAGCGACAACAAGCACAGGCUCGCAUCCCUAGUCCUGAGACAAGUGUCACCAGUUUGUCCACCAAUACUACCACCACCAAUACAACUGGCCUCACUCCUAGCACUGGCAUGACCACCAUAUCUGAAAUGCCUUAUUCAGAUGAAACAAACUUACAUCCCACAAAUGUCAUGCAGCCAAGUGGGCCCACCCCUGUUUGCCUGCAGCUAACAGAGGAGGACUUAGAGACAAAUAAAUUGGAUCCAAAAGAAGUGGAUAAGAACCUGAAAGAAAGCUCUGAUGAGAAUCUGAUGGAACAUUCACUUAAGCAGUUUAGUGGGCCAGAUCCACUCAGCAGCACUAGUUCCAGCUUGCUUUAUCCGCUGAUAAAACUUGCAGUAGAGGUGACAGGACAACAGGACUUCACACAAGCUGGCAAUGGUCAAGCGUGUUUGAUUCCGGAUGUCCCAUCUGCUCAGGUCUAUCCUCUACCCAAGCAACAGAACCUUCCGAAGAGGCCUACUAGCCUACCCCUAAACACCAAAAAUUCAACAAAGGAGCCACGGUUAAAAUUUGGUGGCAAGCACAAAUCAAACUUGAAGCAAGUGGAAACAGGUGUUGCCAAGAUGAACACUAUCAAUGCUGCAGAGCCUCAUGUUGUGACAGUUACCAUGAAUGGAGUGGCUGGCAGAAGCCACAGCAUAAACUCUCAUGCUGGCACAACCCAAUAUGCCAAUGGCACAGUGCCAUCUGGCCAGACAUCCAGUUCAGUAGCGCAGAGGGCCCAGGAAAUGCUUCAGAACCAGUUCAGUGGAGAGGACAGUCGGCUGAAUAUUAAUUCAAGCCCCGAUGAGCAUGAACCCUUGUUGAGGCGGGAGCAGCAGGUUGGCCAUGAUGAAGGUGUUCUGGACCGCCUAGUAGACAGGAGAGAGCGACAGGAUAGUGGCCGAACAAAUGCCAAUAACAACAACAGUAAUCCGUGUCCAGUGCAAGAUACAGCUACAGGCAGUGUCCAGAACGUCGUGAGGAAUCCUGGGCAGACCCAGACUAGAAGAGCACAGAGGCCUAAUUCACUGGAUCUAUCGGCCACAAAUAGUUUGGAUAGCAGUAGUAUGCAGUUAGGUGAUUGCUCACAAGAUGGCAAAUCGGGCUCAGGAGAAAAGAUCAAGAAACGUGUGAAAACUCCGUACUCACUUAAGAGGUGGCGUCCUUCAACGUGGGUCAUCUCCACUGAGCCACUGCACUGCGAGGUCAACAACAAUGGCAGUGACCGGGCAGUCCACUCCAAAUCCAGCACUGCCGUUUACCUUGCGGAAGGAGGCACUGCCACCACAAUGGUAUCUAAGGACGCAGGAGUGAACUGCCUGUGAAAUACUUUAAAAGCCAACAAAUGACCUUUUUUUUGCAUUAUUUGAAACAAACAUGCAGAAGACAUUUUAAAAAACUGCUUUCUCCUCCUGUCAGCACCCCUUUCAAGGACUCGCUUUAAAUAGAUUUCAGCUAUGCAGAAAAUUUUUAGCUUAUGCUUCCAUAUUUUUUUAUUUUGUUUUAUUUUUUGAACGUUUUUGCACUUUUAUUUAGUAUCGCUAAAGUUAAGUCUGUCUGUUUUGACCACGGAAUAUAUAUAUGUGUAUCAAAAUGUGGUCUCAAAAUAUUUUUUUAAAAAAAGUAACAAAAAAAAGUAUUGCUGAUAAUCAGUGUGGACCAGUUUCUUAAGGUCACUAAGAUCAUAAGCAGACUAUAAGACAGGUUUGACUGCAGUGGUGUCUUGUAACCAUGUUUUGAUUUCUGUGCACAAGCUAGUUUGUAUAUUUCUGUGU